AUGAUCAAGUUUGUGGGUGGUUUGAACAACGUGUUCCGGCGGUCGGCAAGCGGCUGCAAAAGAUCAAUCACAGUGAUUGAAGAGAACAAACGGUGGAAAUCAAAUGUCGGCUUCGUCGGGCUAGGAAACAUGGGAAUUCCGAUGGCGAAAAACUUAUUGAAAAACGGUUACGGGGUAGUUGGCAACGACGUGUCAGCCGAGCGGAUGAAAUUGUUUCGGAGCCUGGACGGAGCCGAGACCGCAGACACGCUUCAGCAAGUGGUCGAGUCCUCGGAUGCUGUGAUCACCAUGUUGCCAGAGAGCCAGCACGUUCUUUUAGCGUACACGGCACUGCUCAAUUCUUCGAAACCUGAACAGUUAUUCGUAGACUGUAGUACUAUCAGUCCAGAGAGCUCUAAAAAAGUAUCAGAUCUGGCGCAGCAGAAGGGUUGUAAAUUUCUAGGAGCACCCGUGUCGGGAGGUGUGGUGGGUGCAGAAAACGGCACUCUGACGUUCAUGGUAGGCGGAGACGAGAGCACACUGACGGCGGCCGAACACCUACUCGGCUGCAUGGGGUCCCGAUGGGUGUACUGCGGCCCAGCCGGUUCGGGGCUGGUCGCCAAGAUAUGCAACAACAUGAUACUUGGUAUGACCAUGGCAGCGUUAUCCGAGGCAAUGAACUUGGGCGUUAAGCUGGGCGUUGAACCUAAAGUUUUGGCGUCUGUCAUCAACACGAGCACAGGACGGUGUUGGGCGUCGGAAAUCAACAAUCCCGUGCCUGGAGCCGUCGAUAAGCAGAGUCCUAGCAACAACGACUAUCAGAAUGGUUUCAAAGCCGAUUUGCUGCUGAAAGACAUGAGACUAGGCGAGUCGCUGGCUGAAGGAGCACACAUGAAGACUCCCUUGACGCGCCAAACCGUGGACGUGUACGCACAGAUAUCACGGAUGGGAUGGGGUGACAAGGAUUUUUCGAUCGCCUACAAAUACUUCAAAGAACAGCAGUCGUGAUUCAUUCCAGAAGAUUUUAAAGCUAAGGGUACAACAAUAUAAGAAUACAUAAUAAUAUAUUACGUAUAUUAUAUUAUUAUAAUACGUACAUACACGUAAUGUUGAUUUAUUUGUUUUUGUUUUUA